CGCCGCCGCCGCCGCUCGCGCAAGCACCGCCGCCGGCCCUCGCCCCGCCGAGCGCACCCACCCGGCCACACGCACCCCGGCUGCCGGGCGCACCCCUGCGCACGCCCCCCGCGGCUCCGCCGGGCGCCCGAGCCGGGCAGAUGCGCCGCCGCGCGCCCCCCGCCCCGGGCCCGCCGCCGCGUUCCGCCGCGCGCCUGGGGCUCCUCUCCCGGGCCCCCGUGGGCGCCCUCCGGCUCCGGUUCCCGCCCGCUCCUUGGAAUAACCCCUGAGGCUCCAGCCGUCGCCGCAAAGUUUCCCGAGGAGACCCGCCUCCUCGGCCGCUGCGCAGGUAAGGAGGCAGGGAGUGGGUGAGACGAAGGACAGACAGCAUCAGGGGAUGAAGCAGGAAUAACCCAUCCCUCGCCUCCCCAGCAAGAAAACCUCUCUCCAAACAGGAGCAGCCAAGCGCGACGGAGCACCCCCCCACCCCCGUGCCCCCAGCAUCUUCCCAUCGAGGGGCAUGUGGGGCCUGACAGCUCGGCGGCACCUGUCAGCUGCCCCAGCCCCGCGGAGAACAUCCGAGCCCCUCGGCGGGGCAAUGGGCCCCCGCCGGCCCCCCGGAGACGCAGCCUGAGUGGCAGGAAUACCAAUUCCUUGCAGAGUGGCUCCCUCUCAGCUUGUCACGCAAGAACGCUCGCUGCAAGGCAGUGCAUUCUGCCAAGUGACUUAAAGGGAUUAAAAAAACUUGGUAAAGAAAAGGGGGUAAAAGCCACGCAGAAGCCUUUCAGAGGAGGUGGCGGCCAACAGACAAAAGGGCGAAAGUUGAAAGGGGCCACCCUCCCUGGAUGGGCGCCCAACCGUAGGGCAUGCCCCGGAAGCAGGGGCCCGGAACACCCUCAGGCCGCACUCGGGAGUCCCGGGGCGCCCCUGCAGGCCCCCCACGCACGCCCCUUGCUCCAAGGGACGAGGCCCACAGCGCCAGUGGCCGAGGAUGCGGAGGAUGCUACCCCGGCCCCGCAGCCACGUCUAAACGCAGGAGCCUGGCAGUCUGAACGCAGGAGCCCGGCAGAGUGAAGCACUUAGUCUCCGUGUCCUGGGACGCCCCCAGGGCCACCCAAAGCCCCACAUCUGUGGUCUGUGCCGCCGGGGCCAGAAUGUGUGUGCGGCCCAGGCCCACCUCGACCAGAGGCUGACAUCCAGAGCGGCGACCCAGCCAGACCCAGCAGGCUCCAGGGCUGCAGCUCAGAAGGUGUCGAGGCUCCAAGUCAGGUGUGGCCGGGCUCCCGCAGCCAUCCACCAUGGUGGUGGCACAUCCCGCCGCCACCGCCACCACCACGCCCGCUGCCACCGUCACAGCCACCGUCGUGAUGACCACGGCUACCAUGGACCUGCGGGACUGGCUGUUCCUCUGCUACGGGCUCAUCGCCUUCCUCACGGAGGUCAUCGACAGCACCACCUGCCCCUCCGUGUGCCGCUGCGACAACGGCUUCAUCUACUGCAACGACCGGGGGCUCACCGCCAUCCCCACCGACAUCCCUGACGACGCCACCACCCUCUACCUGCAGAACAACCAGAUCAACAACGCCGGCAUCCCCCAGGACCUCAAGACCAAGGUCAACGUGCAGGUCAUCUACCUGUACGAGAACGACCUGGACGAGUUCCCCGUCAACCUGCCCCGUUCUCUGCGGGAGCUCCACCUGCAGGACAACAACGUGCGCACCAUCGCCAGGGACUCGCUGGCCCGCAUCCCACUGCUGGAGAAGCUGCACCUGGAUGACAACUCCGUGUCCACCGUCAGCAUCGAGGAGGACGCCUUCGCCGACAGCAAGCAGCUCAAGUUGCUCUUCCUGAGCCGGAACCACCUGAGCAGCAUCCCCUCGGGGCUGCCCCGCACGCUGGAGGAGCUGCGGCUGGACGACAACCGCAUCUCCACCAUCCCCCUGCACGCUUUCAAGGGCCUCAACAGCCUGCGGCGCCUGGUGCUCGACGGCAACCUGCUGGCCAACCAGCGCAUCGCCGACGACACCUUCAGCCGUCUGCAGAACCUCACCGAGCUCUCGCUGGUGCGCAACUCGCUGGCCGCCCCGCCCCUCAACCUGCCCAGCGCCCACCUGCAGAAGCUCUACCUGCAAGACAACGCCAUCAGCCACGUCCCCUACAACACGCUGGCCAAGAUGCGCGAGCUGGAGCGCCUGGACCUGUCCAACAACAACCUCACCACGCUGCCCCGCGGCCUGUUCGACGACCUGGAGAACCUGGCACAGCUGCUGCUCCGGAACAACCCCUGGUUCUGCGGCUGUAACCUCAUGUGGCUGCGGGACUGGGUGAAGGCUCGGGCGGCCGUGGUCAACGUGCGAGGCCUCAUGUGCCAGGGCCCCGAGAAGGUGCGGGGCAUGGCCAUCAAGGACAUCACCAGCGAGAUGGAUGAGUGCUUCGAGACGGGGUCCCAGGGUGGUGCGGCCAACGCCGCCGCCAAGACCACGGCCAGCAACCACGCCUCGGCCACCACACCCCAGGGCUCGCUCUUCACCCUCAAGGCCAAGCGGCCAGGGCUGCGCCUCCCCGACUCCAACCUUGACUACCCCAUGGCCACGGGCGAUGGGGCCAAGACCCUGGUGAUCCACGUGAAGCCCCUGACGGCGGACUCCAUCCGCAUCACAUGGAAGGCCACGCUCCCCGCCUCCUCCUUCCGGCUCAGCUGGCUGCGCCUGGGCCACAGCCCGGCCGUGGGCUCCAUCACAGAGACCCUGGUGCAGGGGGACAAGACAGAGUACUUGCUCACGGCCCUGGAGCCCAAGUCCACCUAUAUCAUCUGCAUGGUCACCAUGGAGACAGGCAACACCUACGUGGCCGACGAGACCCCCGUGUGUGCCAAGGCGGAGACGGCCGACAGCUACGGCCCCACCACCACGCUCAACCAGGAGCAGAACGCAGACCCCAUGGCGGGCCUGCCCCUGGCGGGUAUCAUCGGGGGCGCGGUGGCCCUUGUCUUUCUUUUCCUGGUCCUGGGGGCCAUCUGCUGGUACGUGCACCGGGCCGGCGAGCUGCUGACCCAGGAGCGGGCGUACAACCGGAGCAGCCGGAAAAAGGACGACUAUAUGGAGUCGGGGACCAAGAAAGAUAACUCCAUCCUGGAAAUCCGCGGCCCCGGGCUGCAAAUGCUGCCCAUCAACCCUUACCACGCCAAAGAGGAGUACGUGGUCCAUACCAUCUUCCCCUCCAAUGGCAGCAGCCUCUGCAAGGGCACGCACACCAUCGGCUACGGCACCACGCGAGGCUACAGGGACGGCGGCAUCCCUGACAUUGACUACUCCUACACAUGAUGCCAGCCUCCGGGCCGCCCCCGCCCCGGCUCCCGCCGUCCUCCUGGUGUGGUGAUGACGUGGCUUUGCCCAGCCUGCUGCCGUCCGACGACAGAGCAAGGAAAAGAAAUUCCAUGAUGACUUUCCCAGCAGAAAGCAGAGUUUGGGGAGGGUUGAUGAUUUUGUAGAACACGGCCGUGAAAAACGCAAUUUUUUUUAAAGCAUAGAAGGCAGAAGGGGGAUUUGACGCAGCCGAAGACAUAAUUUAUACGGAAUUAUGCCAGUUGAGGAGGGAAAAACUAAAAAUAAUAUUGCAGGAAGGGUUGGGCCAGGGUUUUAUUUUUUUUCCCCGAACUGGAAAGAUACUACCUGGACCACAUCUGUGUGCGCCUCAUGGUCUGUUCAGGGCCGUCACAAAAGAACCGUCAGAGGGAAGCAGCCGCCACCAGAGGCCCCACGCAGCUCUCGCUGCCGGCUGCUCGCUGGCGACGACACGAUAGAAGGUUUUCAGGCUCCUCACAAAGGAGACGGGGAAGAAAAGAUCUUUCGCUACAGAGAUGCUGUCCUGAAACCUCUUCCGCGGUUCUUUCCAUCUCGUUUCCCUUCCAGAUUUGCAGAAAUAUCGCGUCUUUCAAUGCAUCCUUUGAACAACAAUGUAGUCGAUUAAAAAACACACUUUCUUUUCCCGUGCUGAAGCCCUCUUCGUUUCCACGCACCGUCCUCCGUGGAAGCCCCCUGGGAGCGGUGGCUUUCCUGGGAGGUGCAUCUAUGCACCUGUCUCUCUCCAUGUCACCUCUAAAUACAGAUGGGUAGAUAGAGCCACAUAUACGGUCCUCACAGUACUUCUUGGGUCAGUUCAUCCAAUUUCCUGAGAUGAUAGAGUCGCGAAACCGUUGCUUUCUCCUAGAAAUCACUGAGUAAGUAGACGAGGUGUGUUGGGGAUGGCAGUGGGAGCGGGGGAUCAUGCUGUUGCUACAGGUGGAAGUGUGUCUGUCCUGGGCGGGUGGCUAGGGAGACUCCGGGCAAGGAUGCUUUCUAUCUGAUCCUAUCUCAGGUUGGCCGGAGCUGGGCCACGCUCCUUUCUGAUCCAGAGAAAAGCUUUAUUUCACUGCUGGUGUCCUCAUCUCUCUCUCCCCCGCACACAGAUGCGAUCACCCCCAUAGCUACUUUCUGAGCGUUUGCUCUGUGCUCUAUGCUUCCUCCUGGGAUGGGUAAUUGGUACAGGGAUGGGUUUUUUUUUUUUUUUUCGGGAUCAGCUGAUUAGACCUAAUGGUUUCCAUGGCUGCUCAAAACAAAGCCCAGAAAAGACAGGAAAUUCUCAGAAGUGCCCUGGGAGAUGACACCCCCCCCCCAAAUGCAUGACACCCCACCAUGCCCACUCCUGGGCCUCUGCUCCAGAGAAAGAAGCCCAGACCUGUCUCUAAAAAUGCCAGCCACCAAAAGGAUCCCGACCGGGCCCUCCAAAGAGUUAAGAUUUGAUUUCCUCCCUCUGGAAUCAACGUUGCCAUCAUUUAUCAACCGACAGUGCAGUGUGGCGAGCCAUGAGAUUAAAACGAUGGUGAAAUAAUGACAGCAAAUCUGGAAAGAAGAGAGGCGCGGUGCCCGGGGUUCUCAUAUCGCCUGCAUCCCAGCACUGGGGGGACGCGGGUCAGCGUCUGUCAACAUGCCACUUGUCCGGCAGUGGGGAAGAGCCACGUCAAAGGAGAGAGGCUGGUCUGAGAGCAGGGACGAUGAGAAGGGGUCCAGCUCCUGGCGGGGGCGUUUUUAAAAGGCCUCGACUGCUUUGACAAAAGCCAAAGGCAGGAAACGAGGCUGAAGAGCAGUCACAGGGCCACCGUGACAGGCCCCGGGGCCGGCCACCCGCCACACAUGAAAAGAUGCUACUGGUCCUCUCGGUGAAGAGGCAGGGGUUGAAAGAAAUGGACACAAGGCCCGUGUGAGAGAGGUGGAGAAGAGGCAGGGCCCCCAUCGCCAGGCCGGAUGGACGGCCUUGCCAAAUGAGGAAUCCACUCUCCAGCCCCAGGGAGGGGCCAAGGGGCACGGACACGUUUCAUCCUAAACUAAGCCUUUUUUCCCUUUUCCCACUUGAAUCGUUUUCUCAAACAAUGAGGCCGGGAGAGAAAUUUUUCCAAGCCUUAACUCCACGUCUGCAUAGAGGUCGCCCUCCUUGGCCGGCAGCGCCCCAGACACAGGCCUGUUCCAGCAGCUGAGGGAGGAGCCGGGGCCCCGCUGGGCGUGGCCAGGAGGAGAAGGUGCACGAGUGUGCAGGGCACUGGUGGGGGGACAGAAGUCCGAGGUCUCUGCUGUUUCUGAAAGGGGGUCUCACCCCUCAAGGCACUACUCCUGCCUCUGCCAGUGUCCCAGGAAAAUCGGUCCCCGGCCUCCCCAUUGCGGGUCACUAAGUCCGUGCUGCCAAUGUGCUCGGCCCUCACCUCACUCCAGGUCCUCCUUUCUCUGAGCCUGGUGGGAUUUCAGAUCAUCCCUUAGAGGCUAGGAAAGAAUCUGGGGAUCAGCAGGCAGCCCCAUACAGUGAGAGUUGCAGGCAGGACAAGCGGGCCAGAGAGCCAGCCUGUGCCAGAAACGCCCUCCAAGACCAGCCCCAGGUGAUGAACUUCCCUCCCCUAUAGCACAAAGCAGGCCCGGGCCUGCUGGGGCCUGAGGACCACAGGGGUCUCCUGCCCCGGGUUCUGGUACUGAUGGAGCUCAGGCAGGGGCGCCCCGCGGCUGGACAGCUCAGGCCCCGCCUGCCUCGCCACAGUCAUCCAGCCUCCCGCCAGUGUAAAUGCUGAAGAUGGCAGAGACAUGGCCGAGCCAGGGCCCUGGGGCCCGCUCUUAUCUUUCCUGCCUUCAGCAUCCCCACAUCUUCCCAGGGUCCUCUCUGAGAGCGGGCCCCCAAAUGUCUGCUGCCUCGCCUCACCCCAAACCAGGGAGGGGCCUGAAGCCAGGUCCACUCUGAAACCCCAUCCCCUCCUGGCCCAAGUCCUCCGAGCUGGCCGCGUGACACGAGAGAGAGGACGUUCCAGGGCGCCCAGCCUCCCCCACCCCCUAGAAGCAGGUGAGGACCUGGACCACCACUUCUGUCUAGAAUCUCCCUUCUGUGGGCAGCUGACCUGACCGGCGCAGCCUCUAACUAGCCAGAACGACCUCAGUGGCCUCAGCGUUGAUGCGCGCAUUUUACAGCAUUUAAGGCAGAUUUCAAGUUAAAAAAAAAAAAGCCCACGACACUUCUUUGGAUAAGUGGUUUACCCUUCGUGGUAAUUAGAUGUGGUGAUUGGGAUCUCUUUUCUAUUACAUGGCAAUUUUCCUUUAAAUUUCCCCUAAAAAAAAAAAAAAGAAAGGCAAGAGAAGGCCGGGAAGGCAGGAGGCAGGCGCUCCGAGAGUCAUUUGCAUUUUGCGAAUGAGGCCUCUUGUAAGCUCAGCUCAGGCGUGGGGCCCAACGUAUGGAAUGCUUAAGAGACUACUAAGAAUAAAAUCUAUUAAUUAGUCAUACUCAAUUCCGCAGACAUCAUGUGCAUCCAAAGCCUCUUUGCUUCCCCUUUCUCCUUCUCUCUUCCUCCAUCUUCUCCUCUAAAUUGGCUCUGGCUUCCUGGACCGCCUCCCCGGUAACAUGGCAGCCACGUGGCUGCCUAGGGGGCCUCCCCACCCAGGGCCGGGAUGCUGGGUUUGGGGCAGGAGCUGGGGCACCAGCUCCUUCCUGCUCUGGGGGACGCUGGCAGGGGAGGUAACAGCAGCUGGGAAGAUGGCAGUGCCUGGGGGGCCUCAGCUUCCCCACCCAAAGCCUGAAGGCCUCGCCUGCCUUGUACCUAUCCUCCCUCCCUCCAGCCUCCUCCUCCUACCCCUAGGGUCCCUGGAGGUCCUCCGGCCCCAAGAAGGGGAGAGAGGCCAGGCUGAGAGUGAGGAUGGGUCAGGGAGGUGCAGGGAAAGCGCGUUCCGUGAAUCCACCUCCUCUAUUUCCCCUUCUGUAAAGUGAGGGUGGGGUCUAGCUUCACCCCCAAAAAGCUGGGUGCUCCACUGACUCUGGAAGGUUCUAGAUGGUCCAAGGCAGGUGAUGGAGGCCCAGAGUGGGAGGGACAGGCCAGGUGACAGAUCCCUGAGGGGGCCGCCUGGGGCCAGGUAGCGUGCCCGGGACCACAUCGGAGCCCCCCUGCACCCCUUGGAGCCGAGGAGCGAGGGGAGGACGUCAUCCCCCCUCCGCCCCCCCACCGCCAACGGCAGCUCCAGUCCCAAAGCCAACCCACUCCAUCCAGAAACCCACUUCCUGUGGAAUGCGCCGGGGAGGAGCACAGGGCUGCUGAGCAUCACGCUUAUGAAAAAUACAACAAGGAAAAUUGGAUGCGGCAGACCGCGAGCGCCGGGGCUGGGAAGGCACCCAGGAGGGGGCUGGGGCGUUUGCUGGAAGGAGGGGCCUUGCCGGUCACAGCGGCCCAUGCCCCCCAGGGCCAGAUGGUGCGCUCAGGGCCAGGACGCGGCCAGGGUCAGCUGUGGGCGUCCCACGCGCCCAUGUCCCCUCCCCGCACAGAAAUCGGUGCAGGUGAUGGGCCGUGAUGCCUGGCGCUGGCUCAGGGCCAGGGCGGGCGCUAACAAGCAGCGCACAGCCCUGCACAGGCUUCCAGAAUGCAGACAGGAGGCAUCUUUUUCCUUAAAAAAGGGAUAAAAAGGCUCAAAAAUGCAAAUCAUUGCCGUUUACAACCAAAGGAGUCUGCUAAAUUGAUUAGGAGAGAAUAAAGUCCUCGAGGUGAAGGGAAAGGGAAUUUUUUUGCAUUUUAUGAACCUGCCCCCAGUGGCUGUGCGCAAAGCAGGGGUUUUCUGGGCCUAGCUAAGGGCUGCCCCUUUGCAGCCCCCCGGGGGAGCUGGGGGUCUGUGAGGGCCCCCACCACCACGGCCAGAGUCCUCAGGGGUACUCCGGCUCGCCAGGGCCUGGGCUCGAACACUGCCCCCCCCGGAGAAAGCAGUUCUGCCUCCAUUGAGUGCCUUGUGAUGCUGAGGGGGAGGGUUGGUCGCAUGGCCCACAGGGGUCAUUCAGAAGCUGUCCCAGCCCCCAGCAGAGACUCUGCCCCCGCCCUCCAGAUUCCAUGGGCCUUCAGGGCUGAAAAGCAAGGGGAAGUUGCUGGUCCAGUCACUUAGAGAGCAGGACUCUAGAACUAUGAGCUUUUCUGCUUCCUUUCUGUUCCAGGGCGGGUCUGUCUCUGAUCCGUUCUCUGCAGCCAGUGAAAGGGAAGCAGGGCCAACUGUAAAAGGGGAAACUGAGGGUCAACAAAGAGAAACUCUGGCCCAGCAAGGAAAUCAAGCAGUGUGUUCUCCGUCACUGGGAGCAUUCAAGCACUUGAUGUGAAUGUGGCAGAUAUUUUCCUGACUAAGCCAGGGCCAGGUUUUUUGACUAGAAGAUCCUGUUUUCCACCCCUACUUUAUCAUCCCCCAGAACCCUGGAGGAAGAUAUUAAGAGAUGUUCACUCUGCUGCUCAAAAUGACCAGUGUCCCCUGAAAAUGCCAGGGCAGGGCCAUCCCACAGCCAGGCCGCGCAGCCCGUCAAAGAGCUGCCUAUGCCACCAGGGAUGCUACAAAAUCCCCAUCCUCACCAUCUGUGAGGCACCGGGAGAGGAAGUGCAGAUAUGCGACCCUCCUGUGCUAGAGUCCGGACAGGGAGGUGGGAGGGUGACCCCCCCACCACCUGCAGCUGGCUCGCCCAGGGCCGCCUCCAGACUGCGCCCUGGACCUGUUCUCAGUGCCAGGGCCCCUGCCCGCUGAGCAUCCUCCGCCGUCCCACGGGCUGUUUUUCCAACUCAACACGCUCAGCGCUGCUGGCUCCAUCCAUCCCAGGCGGCGCCCGGCUGACGGCUGCCUGGGGCACUUUUCACUCUGCGUUUUUAAGCAUUUACCACUUCUUUUGAAAUGUUCCAAGUCGUUGCCUGAAAUACCCACAUUUGCUUCUUUAAAAACACACAGAAAGAUUCCCUAGGCUCUUGACUCCCCCUUCCUUUAUUUUUCCCCCUCCCUUUGCAUUUUAAUAUACUGUUUUUCUCUGGUUUCCGAAAUUCCAUGAUUGCGGGGGGCAGGCCUGAUUUGUCACCAUGAGGGGGAUUUGCAGGUGUGCCCAAGAACCCCGAUGCCACAGGGCGGAUCUCCAGCCUGGGGGCGGCUCUGGCCCUGCUCCCAGCAAAGAGCCCAGGCCCCGGUCUUUUUGAGACCAGUGGCUGCUCCUCCCACCCCUGGUUACUGAAAUGCCCAGCUUGUGCCAGGAGGGCAGUGUGGGCACACUGAGGGCACAGGGGGCCCUGUGGGGGGCUCACCAGGCCCCCACUUCCUAGCAAAGCCAGCCCCUGAGAAACGGCAGCCAUCAGAGCCACCACGGAGCCCUGGUCCCUGUCCUUCCCAUACUCAUCCACGCCGCCCACGACACCUGAAUGCCCAAAAGGCCCAGCCCAGGGGGUCCUUGCAGGAAGGUGUUUGCCGUCACGGCCCCUAAAUCUCUCUAUGGCUGUCAGGGUGGAUGGCAGCUCAGGCAGGAUGCCAGGUCCCCGCGCCCCUCCGUGGGGGUCACUGAGGCCCAGCACAGCCCCUGGCACACAGGGCUGCCCAACCAUCCCUUCUCCAGCUCUCCUCUCACUUCCUCAUCCUCCUCGCUGGCCGUCUCCCCCGCCCCCCCGGGGCUUGGUGCAGAAGGCCCAGGCGGGUGUGUUGGCGACAGCCCUCCUCUCGUCCUGCACCUGCCCCGCUGGCAGCCUGGCACAGCGAGGGCUCCCCUGGCAGCUUUUCCUCUGAAGCACCUCAUUCUGCUCCCCUUGGACCCACCGAUCACCAGCUGUGAGCCUGAUGGGGAAAUCCAGCCACAUGGCGAGAUCCGGCAGCAGGCCCAGGUGACUCAGUUUCCCCUCUCUGAGUGAGCCUCAGGUGGGCGACAUGGAGGGCAGAGAACUGGGUGUCCUGCCUUGUCUGACGCUCCCACUGGGAGUCCCCAGGCCUGAGCCACCCACGUGGAGGAACUAACCUGGCUUUCUCUUCAAGACAGAGAAAAAUAGAGGGACAUGAGCUGACAAUCAAAGCCAUGGGGAACAUGGGGCUGCCACACCCCCUGGAGCUGGGCAGUCGAGGGCGCCUCUCACCUGCCCUGGGCUGGCAAGCUCGCAGAGUGUCCCAGAGACCGCCCACCUCUGCCUGGCCUGGCUUUGGAGAGGUUCUGGGUACCCAGGAGGAAGACACAAAACCCUAAACUAGCCUUAGAUUUUUCUACCCGACCCAGCACACCACCUGCCAGCAGGCCAGUGGCCCCCGCUGAGGAGCCCGCCUGGCAUCCAGGGCCGGGCGCCAGGCUGCAGCAUGCGGGGUUUCUUCCAACGACGACCCUGGUGCCUUCCAGCUCAUAAAAGGAUGCUGAGAGCUGUGGGGAGGAAGCUGGGCAGCCCAGCAUUCGAAGUUUGUUAUCUGAGAGGGAGGGAUGGAGGGAGACGGGGCUGAAGGUUGGGGGAGGCUGCGGGGUCGUGAGCACAGGUGAGCCAGAGAGAUGGUGCGAUUCCGCUGGCUGGAGGGCUCCGCUAAUGAUGAACGUCAGGAGGCGGAUGUGAACACAGAGGCAGAGGAAAAAAGUAAACUAAAGGAACCCCGCUCAGAAGCACUGCAGCGUGGAUGUUUUUUAAGAGCCACCGACAGCAAUUUCCUCCCCGACGUUAAAAGGUUAUUUGUAUCUCCUUUGGAUUGUAAAGCGUUUUAGAGUCACCUGGAGCUUCGCUCAGUAUAAUCUGCUCCUGGUGGUCUGAGGAAGAGGAAGAGGAGGAGGAGGAGGCGUCCUCGGCCAGACCCUGGAGAAUGGGGUGGGUCCCUCUGCUACAGAAAGCAGGGCGCCCGGCUAGCCGAUGGCACAGGGAGGGCAGGCCUGGUCUCUCGCAAGCCUGUGACCUAGGUCCCGUCUGCCAUCCGAGGGACCCCUGCCCGGGCACCCCUGGCUUCCCCUGUGCCUCGGCCCUUCCUUGCCUGCAGAAUCAGCCCCACGGGGCCACCCAGCCUCACUCUCCUUGUCUUUUUCCUUUUUCUCAGAAGGGCAAAGCACUCCUGGGGGCCCGAGUGAUGGGACCACCCCCGCUGCUGCCCGCUGCCCUCUGAGACCUGGCUGGCUGACCCAGCCUGGCCUCAGGCCCUCCUGCCUCACUCCCAACCUCACCACCAGACGCGGGGCGGGGGGGGGGGGGGGGGGGUCAGAAAAACGAGACACACCAACACCCACCACGACAACACAAACCAAAGUGCUCUGCGAAUCGCCCUUCGGCCUCCUUCUUGUAGGUGCCUUGAAACCUCAAUGUCGAGAUGAAUGUGAUAAACUCUUUGGUCCUAUUUUCUGUUUGUCUGUUUUCAUAUAAAAUGUCCAAGUCCACUUGCCUUGUUCUUUCUUGAAAUAAAUAGAAAGAUUUAACUUUUA